GAAUCGCCAAACAAUCGCCCAUCGCCCGACUGAUAUCAACAACAACUCUUAGACGCUCGGUCGGCAUUUUUGCACUUGUCCCGUUUUUCUGCUGACUGAAAACUCUUCCCGUAGUGUCUUAAAUUCGGUAUCGUGUGCUAAAUUCUCCAGUUGAUAUCCCAAGUUGAAUGCGCUGGUCCUAGUGAGAUAAAAGAAAAAGGUAGAAGUAGAGAAACUUUGGACUGACCUCUGACCUGACCCAAGCCAUCACAAUAGCAAGAUGUCGUUUCGCGUUGUACGCAGCUCCAAAUUCCGUCACGUCUACGGCCAGGCCCUGAAGCGGGAGCAGUGCUAUGACAAUAUUCGGGUCUCCAAGUCCAGCUGGGACUCCACAUUCUGUGCCGUCAAUCCCAAGUUCCUGGCCAUCAUUGUGGAAUCGGCGGGUGGUGGUGCCUUCAUCGUCUUGCCACACAACAAAGUUGGACGCAUUGCGGCUGACCAUCCACUGGUGGGCGGACACAAGGGUCCAGUGCUGGACAUUGCCUGGUGCCCGCACAACGACAAUGUGAUCGCCUCCGGCUCGGAGGACUGUGUGGUCAAGGUGUGGCAGAUACCCGACGGAGGACUGUCGCGCACGCUUACCGAGCCCGUUGUGGAUCUGGUGUUCCACCAGCGUCGCGUGGGUCUGGUCCUGUGGCAUCCCUCGGCUCUCAACGUCCUGCUCACCGCUGGCUCUGACAACCAGGUGGUCAUCUGGAAUGUGGGUACUGGUGAGAUUCUCGUCCACAUCGACUCGCAUCCGGACAUCGUGUACAGCGCUUGCUUCAACUGGGACGGCUCCAAGCUGGUCACCACCUGCAAGGAUAAGAAGAUCCGCAUCUAUGACCCGCGCACCGGCGAUCUGGAAAGCGAGGCCAUGUGCCACGAAGGCUCCAAAGCCACACGAGCCAUUUUCCUGAGGCACGGACUUAUCUUCACGACGGGCUUCAACCGAAGCUCCGAGCGCCAAUACUCGCUGCGUGCCCCAGACGCUCUCAAUGAGCCCAUCGUCAUGGUGGAGCUGGACACGUCCAAUGGCGUCAUGUUCCCGCUGUACGAUGCCGACACCAACCUGAUCUACCUCUGCGGCAAGGGAGACUCGGUUAUAAGGUACUUUGAGGUGACGCCCGAGCCCCCGUUCGUCCACUACAUCAACACAUUUCAGACGACAGAACCGCAGCGCGGUAUUGGUUUGAUGCCCAAGCGAGGCUGCGACGUGACCACCUGCGAAGUGGCCAAGUUCUAUCGCAUGAACAACAACGGUCUGUGCCAGGUCAUCUCCAUGACAGUGCCCCGCAAGUCGGAUCUCUUCCAGGAGGAUCUCUACCCCGACACCCUGGCGGAGGAUGCCGCCAUCACUGCCGAGGAGUGGAUCGACGGCAAGGACGCGGAUCCCCUCACAUUCUCGCUCAAAGAUCGCGUCUCUAUUGUGCAGGGUGGCUACGUCUCCUCGUCGGCCAGCAAGUCGCUGUCGGUGAACAAGAAGGCCAACAUUCUGAACAAGCCGCGCGGUGGCGGCGGCGGCUCUGGAGCGGGGAGCAGCAGCGCGGGCGGUGGCAACCAUUCGUCCGCCAACAACAACGAGGCUAGUGAUGGCGGAGCGCCGGCAGCGGUUUUAUCGGAAAAGGAUCUGCGAAACAUCCAGGACGAAAUACGCAAGCUGAAGGCCAUCAUCGUCAAGCAGGAGAACCGUAUACGUGCCCUGGAAGCCAAGGCCAAUGCCGGCAACGGUGACGAGACGGACGCACGCAACAAGAAUGGAAGCGGAUCAGCAGCGCCAGCGGCAUCCGCGGCCUCCGCGGACAGCCACGCCAACGAAAGUGCCAACGACCAUGCGUCCACGUCAACAGGAACGGCACAGGACGAGGACUAGGCCGUGGGAGCGUGCCAGUGGGAGCGGGAGAGAGUUAGACGGAUUGGGGAGCGGAUAGAGAACUGCCCCAAUGCCACAUAACGCUGGGAAGAGAAUUGAUAAAGAGGAUUGUCUAUUGCGAUUAUGAUUUCGAUUAUUUAUUUUAUGUAAUUAAUAUAUUAGGACCUUAGCGAGCGAAAUCAGUUGAGAGUGGCACACAUAGGAUUAGAGAAAGCCGAACCGUAAACUAAACCGUAAACCAUAAACC